GCAAUAAUCACCAUAAGAGUGGAUGAAUAAGUCGUCAUCCUCUCACAAUCCCGUCAAUGUGUGACCCACUCCACAGGGGAUGUCUCAUUAAAAACUUGCUGAGGAAAAAACCCAUGAGGAUGGGAAAAAAUCCUCGGUCAAGAAAAUAGUACAUCUCGUCCCAUAGAGUGGAUCUAGAAAACAUUGCUAGGGGGUGAGGUCUUCUGUGUGAAUCUCAAAAGAGGUGAUCUUCAAGUCCCCCAGACUCGUUGUCCGGAGUCGAUGGCUGUUAGAGUGGAUCCAGAAAACAUUGCUAGGGGGUGAGGUCUUCUGUGUGAAUCUCAAAAGAGGUGAUCUUCAAGUCCCCCAGACUCGUUGUCCGGAGUCGAUGGCUGUUCGACAUAAUACAUUGCCGGCGAGUGCAUGCUGACUCGGGCUACUGCGGUUUGAUACAAGGUCGGGAUGUCGCUCGCCGACCUCUCCUGAUGUGAGAUGUAACAUUCACGAGCCGAGCACCCGGAGUCCCCCACUCCCUAAGCCGAAGAAGAAUUCCGAUGUGAAGGGGAGUAGUGUCCAUGCUUGGCUCCAGUGGGAUUCUUUGGCCCCUUCACGAGAUAGCCGAGCUCGCGUGGAUGAGGCCGAGCUCGAGUUGAUGAGGUCGAGCUCGAGUGGAUGAGGCCGAGCUCGAGUUGAUGAGGCCGAGCUUGAGUGGAUGAGGCCGAGCUCGAGUGGAUGAGGCCGAGCUCGAGUGGGUGAGGCCGAGCUCGAGUGCCCCACGAGGUGGUUGAGGCCAAGCUCGAGUGCCUCAAGCAGCAGCUGAGGCCGAGCCUGGCUUUUUCAUCCUUCUAACCUGCAAAACAAAUUCAAAAAAGAACACAAGGCGCUCGCGGGCUCGGAUGGACCGAUCACCACACGGUCGAGAAAAGUAAGUCAACGUAUGAGUUAGGUCCAAAGUUUUGGACAAAAGAUAGGCCAGAUCAACGGAGUGCGCCAAUCGUGUAGUACUCUGGUCUAGAACAAACUUUAACGUCAUCCUUAGUGAGACCGGGGUCUUCAAAUGAGAUCUGCUCGGGUAAGUGAGAUAGGCACAAAUGGUGCACCCCUCGCCUUAGAUCCGAGAGCAAAAUAGUUCACGUCGUGGAAGACGGAUAUAUAGGAGUGCGUCGAGAUGGACGGCUUACCUCGGCCUCGCGAAUAGUAUCGUCGCGGACGAUUUGGAGUGCCUCGCGGGGAGGGCUUACCUCAGCCUCGUAGAAGAGGAAACAAAAUCACGUCGUGGGAGACGGAUGGGAGUGCGUCUCGGUGGACGUCUUACCUCGGCCUCGUGGAAGAGGAAAUGAGAUCGCGUCGUGGAAGACGGAUGUAUAGGAGUGCGUCAAGAUGGACGACUUACCUCGGCCUCGCGAUAAUAUCAUCGCGGACGAUCUUCAACGCCUCGUGAGGAGGUUUACCCAGCCUCGCUAAGGGAUGACUAAAUGAGUUGGAUCUGAGCCAUGCCCUAAGGUAGGUCGCUGGCCUGUGUGUGGUGCUUCACGCUCGUCCCACAUCAGGGCUUAAAGUGUUGAACACAAAGUGUAAUACCAUCGUCCAAACGGGAAAUAAGUACGUCCAUCCCUGUUAUGAUGUGGAGUAGUAUAGGCUUCUUUUUUAUAAUAUUGCCGACAGAUUGACAGGAGCAACAGUCUUGCGCAUCAAAAGUCCCACGCAUCCAGGACCGGCGUUGACGUCUACAGGGUAGGCCAGCACACCGAGAAUCCAUGACCGGAGGGAUGGCGGUGGGUCGCUGCCGGCCGGGACUGGUGUCAUAGUCGGGCUUUAGAUUCGAGCUUGCUCGUCUUCGGCUGCACCGGCCUGCUGUUGCGGCUGUUUGGUCAGUGAUCUGCCGUCAGAAGCGGUCGCCGGAAACUUGAACGAAGCAGGGAGCGGCUUGCAGGAAUGGCCGCUGUAAAACCCAGAACCGCUGACCCGUCGCUGGUGGAAGGAUCUCCGUCUGGGUCGGGUCGUAAUUGGAGCACUGUUGGCCGGCGAAGCUGGUAUCGCCGACCGCAGGGACAGCGACGCCCUCGACCGCCGUCAAAUCUGGAGCUGUUACCAAAUUCGAAGUUGCUGCCGUUGAACCCCAUUGGUCGUUGCGUCCGUACGGUCUACGCCGGUGGAUCGUUGCCGGCCAAAGCAAGAGGCGAAUCUGUAGCAGAUCUACGGUGAGGCUCUCCCGUCAUAGCCGGCGGUGGUCUUCCGUGUGCCAGUGACAGAUCUGGUCGGCGAUGGUGGGGAAUUCAAGACCAACGACAGAAUCCCACCACCAAGAUUUGGAAGAGCCACUCUGUUAGUUUGAUUUUUUUUGGAGCACGCUUGAUGUGUCCGACACUCUCAACGAGAGCACCAAUGUUGGGUUAGUCCAGAGUGCACAAAAUAUGGGGUCAAGUAAAUUGAGGAUAAUAUUGUGCUAGUAAGAGUAUCACUUAGAACGUAAGUCCCGAGCGUGUGGAAUGAGCUCCUCCUUUUCUUUCCCUCUUCCAAAAAGAGGGGUAUAUAUAAUGGGAGAGUGAAGGCUAGGGUUUACAUACAAAAACCAAUGGGCCGGCCCAUCAGGCUGGGCCGCCCUAAAUAAGGAAUUAAUAAACGACUAACGGGCUGAUCGCACAAAUUGGACCGCCCCGACUAAUAUUAUACAAAGACCGGGUACCCCUGUCCAGGGUAUCCAUCACACAUAUGCAGAAAACGUAAUACUUCAAGUCAAAGGAUAGUUACACCCGUGGUCGCGCUAAAGAUGCUUAGAGCAUGAACUAAAAGUUCAAGCAACAUCUUUAGGAUGGGUCAGUCCGGCAUCCUAUUAUCUCUAGAUAAUAUCUGCCCAUGUGCGGAUGCGAACACACCUUCAUUGACUAUGAGACUAAGUCAAACAUCCAACACACACUAGUCUCACAUGCACUAACGAUAUCCCACUCGUUAAUACUCGACUAUUGACAUUUAUU